UUGGAAAAAUCUUUGAACAGUUGUUAAAACAACGACUUGAGUUUUUUGUGGAACAAAAUCACAUUCUACCUGCAAAUCAAUUUGGAUUUAGAAGAGGAAUGUCUGCUCGUGAAAGUAUUUGCCAACUUCAUCUUGAUAUUCAGAAUAGUUUAGUUAAUAAGAAUUUCUUGGUAUCUGUAUUUUUCGAUGUUUCUGGUGCCUUUAAUAAUAUAAAUAUUCAUGUGCUUUGUUCUGAAUUGGCUUGUUUAGGAAUUCCAAGUAAAAUAAUUCAAUGGAUUUAUAAAUUUUUGACAGAAAGGGAAGUGUAUGUCAAAUAUAAUAAUAAUUUAUAUGGUCCUAGACGUGCAUCCAUUGGAGUUUGUCAAGGAGGAAUUCUGUCUCCCUUAUUGUUUAUUCUGUAUAUAAGACGUCUUAAUUUAGUACUAGGUUCUCAUGUUAAAAAUUUACAGUUUGCUGAUGAUCUUGUAGUUUAUGCAUCUGGAAAAAAAUUAACAGAAAUUACCAACAUUGUAAAUAAAUCUUUAGAAGGUCUUUAUAAUUAUUUUUCUUAUUUAAAUCUUGAUAUCAAUGCCCACAAAUCAAACUUAGUUAUAUUUGGAAAAAUUCAUAGCUCAGCCUCCAUUGUAUAUUAUAACAAAAUCCCUAUCCCCAUUUCUUGUGAAGCAAAGUUUUUAGGAAUAUCAUUUACUUACAAUGUGUCAUGGAACAAAUAUGUUGAAAUUAUAAGUUCAAAGGCUAACAAAGCAUUUAAUGUUUUAAAAUCAUUAUGCAGAUCAUCCUGGGGAGCUGAUCCCAAAAUAUUAUUAAUACUUUAUAAGUCUCUCAUUCGCAGUCAUUUUGAAUAUGGGUUUCUCUGUUUUUCUGGUGAUAAUAGACUGGUGGAUAAACUAGAAAAAAUCCAAAAUAAAAGUAUGAGAAUUAUAACAGGAGCAUUUAAAAGCACACCUAUAAAUUCAUUACAGGUUGAAUGUGGAUUACCUCCAUUAAAUAUAAGAUUUUCCUACUUGAAAGAAAAGUUUAUUUUAAAACUUUACACAAAAAAAAAUAAUCACCUUUUUUUAAACUUGGUCAAUUCACAUAUUUCAACAGAGAAUCUUUACAUUCUUCAGAAUUUUUCCCAAUUUUUAAAUUAUAUUAAUGGCUUGCAAAUACACCAGUCAGAAUUGCUACCUUGUUAUCAGGGACAAUUUGAGAGUAAAUUCCCAGCAAUAAAUAUUUUCAUUGAUCAUAAAUUAUCUUGUAAGCAAGAUGUUUAUAAUAAAUUUUCUGAGUUUUCUGGUCAUCGGUUCUUAUAUACAGAUGGUUCAAAAACAGAAUCAGCAGUCUCUUUUGCAAUUUUUGAUGAGCAAUUGAAGUUAGGUACAGGUUACAAAAUUAAUUCCAACACAAGCAUAUUUACAGCCGAGGCUCUGGCUAUUCUUGCAGGUCUAAAACAUAUUAAAUAUAAAAAUAAUGGAUGUCAUAAGUGGGUAAUAGUUAGUGACAGCAUGAGUGUUUUAGAAAAUCUUAAAAACAAUAAGUUCAAUGCUAACACAAACUAUCUUAUAUUUUCGAUUAAACAACUUUGGUUAGACUUGAACAUUAUGGAUAAUAUUCAAGUAUCAUUUGUUUGGGUUCCUUCACACAUUGGUGUGGUAGGAAAUGAAAAAGUUGACUUUUUGGCAAGGUUUAUAACCAAUUCUUCAAUAAUCCCCGAUUCCAGCAAUAGCCUUAAUAUAACUGUUCCAAAUAAUGACAUAAUUUUUCUUUUAAAAAAUAGAUCCACUAAUUCGUGGAAAAAACAUUGGAAUUUUAAAGUCCAAAUAGAAAACAAAGGUUUAUGGUAUGCUUCUUUUAACGUUCCUGUAAAUUCUACACCUUGGUUCUGCAAAAGUAACACUUACUUUAACAGGAAAUUUUAUACAACUAUCCUGAGGCUUCGUUUCGGUCACUGUAGUCUAAAAUACCAUCUUUAUCGUCUAAAUAUAGUACAAAGUCCCUUUUGCGAUCGUUGUGACACUCAAACAGAGCAGUCUUUGGACCACAUAUUCUUUGAAUGCCCAUCCUUUGGCAUUCAGCGCCUUGUGCUAAUGGAUGAGCUGAUUGAGAUUUAUAAAAGUCCGGAACGGGUACCGCGCUCUACUUCAAAUCUGCUCGUAAAUACCUCCACAUUUCUACCUUUGUUUAAAUUUGUAGAUAGCACAAUUGGGCAAAUAUAGGUGUACAUAGCUUAGGAUAAUUUUUACGUGUCUUUGUUGUAUUUAGUCACUUUUUUCUUCUUUUUUAUCCUAUUUCGAUUUUUUUGAGAAUGAAGUCUCGAAUGCAUAGGUUUGUGGCAUAGGUAUUCUUCUUCUUCUUCUUUUAUUAAUGGCUUAUCUGCGCAUUUCGCACAAUUCUGCCAAUGUCAGGUGAAUAAAUUAAUUUCUACAUGUUAAAUGAAAAUGAAAUGAAUGAAAUUUGGUUGAUGUCAAUAUGAAACGGGAAGUAACUUUUGUUUGUUGAUGUUGUAAGUCAAAGAAUAAUUCAAUGGGUCUUUGAAAUUUUUUGAAACGUAUUUUUAUUGUAAUUUUGUUUUUAUACUGAAGAAGUUUAAUAUCAUUUUUAUAAACUGAAGACUUAACAUCAUUUUUCAAUACUAAGAAAUACAAUUCAACCAAUGACGAGGCAGUAUGGUCUAUGAUCUUAGCCUGUUCCGGAAGGAACGAAUAAUUGAAAAAAAAAAAAAAAAAAAAAAUAUGACAGCAAUAGUUGUUGUCAAAAUUCUAUCUAAGUUUUGUUUAUUUACUUAUCUAUUUGAUUCAAAUGAAUUUUUAGUUUCAGUUCACUCUAGAGCAUUGUUGUGGGGAAAAUAUCAAUAACAAUUCUAAUACUGUUUCGUCUAUGUCAGUCACUAUGCAAAUUAGUGAAAAACAAAAUAAUUUUAUUUAUUCCAUAGUUCGCAUCUUUUUCCUUUAGUCGUCAAUAACAUAAGUGCGUCCUAAUGAAAUACAAACGGGGAUAUUAUGAUGUUUUCUUGCAAACAUGUGCUAAAAACCCGUCAAGCAUUGCUAUACGAUACUAUGAUGAAGGCACAUACAAAAAUUAUACAUAUUCCGAAUUAUAUGGGGUCUGUGAAUAUAUAUCACAGACCCUACUGAUGCUUAAAUGUAAUAAGGGUAUUAUUGGAUUAGUAUCAAAGCGGAAUAUAAUUAUUCCUUGUGUUAUUGCUGCGUAAGUUGAUUAUAAUAUAUAUUAGUUCAUUAACAAACUUAUCAAACAAUUAUGUACAUACUCUUAGUCUCAUUUUUUAUAUUACGUCGGUUAAUAUGAUAUUUUUAUUAUUGCAGAGCACACAAAUACUGUACGACAUUCAUGUUCAUAGAUCCAACACAAAAUGUUGAGAGUAUUGCUAAAGAAGUUUGUUUUAAUACCAUUUUAAUAAUCCAAAACAAAGGAUCCAAUCCACCUGAAUUAUUCAACAAGAAGCCAGACAAACUGGUGUCUUUAUUUGAUUUAGAAAUAAGUUUCUUUGAUUUACAAUGUUAUUUUACUAGUAAACAUGCUAUUUUUGAACACUCCUUUAUUGCAAUGACAUCAGGCAGCACUGGAGAACCAAAACAUAUACAAGUGCCUAUGAAAUGCAUUCAGCCCAAUAUUGAUGAUUUAACAAAACUUUUUAAAAUAAUUCCUGAAGAUAUUAUAUAUUUCUCUACACCUCUAACAUUUGAUCCUUCCAUGGUUGAAAUGUUAUUAGCAUGUAUGAAUGGAGCAUCUCUUCUUAUAGCACCUGAAAAACCAGAAGUUUUAUUUCCUAGUGAUAAAGAAAAUUCAAUAACAUUUUGGCAGACAACACCAUCAAAAUUUUUCCAGCAUUCAAAUGCAGAUAUCAAAAAUAAAAUAUUGAGUCCUGAUUCUACUUUGAAAAUCUUAGCUUUGGGAGGUGAACCUUUUAAUGGGGUCAGAAGAUUAAGAGAACUUAAACAUUGGAAUAAUCAAACUAGGGUAUUUACACUUUAUGGAGUAACUGAAAUGUCAUGUUGGGCGUGUGUAGCUGAAAUAGAUCUGAAUACAACAGUUGUUGAUAAAGAAAUACCUUUGGGUAGCUGCCUUUCAGAAACUCAGGUUGUCAUAGAGCCUGAAGGGAAUGAUCAAAAUAAGGAUACUGGAAAAAUUAUUUUAGUUAGCAAAACUAGAAAAUGCAUUAUAUUAAAUAAAUCAAACAACAAUGAAGAAGAUAACUCACUAAAAUUUGUUGAUACUGGUGAUUAUGGUGAAACAAAGAAUGGAACUAUUUACUACAGAGGCCGUAAAGAUGAUGUAGUUAAAAGAUUUGGUCACAAAAUUAAUUUGCAAUUCAUAGAAUCCACAGCUAUGCAAUGUCCUAAAGUUAAAACAUGUUCCUGUGUGUGGUUACCUAAACCAUUACUCCUUGUAUUAUAUUUUUCAUCUGAAACAUUUAGUAGCCAAGAGUUAUCUGACUUUCUUAAAUGUAAACUAGAUGAUAAACAUUGGCCUGAUAAAAUUGUGAGGGUUGACAAUUUACCAACCAAUUCUCAUGGAAAAACCUCAAAGAUGAUCCUUUCCAAAAUGUAUAAAAAAGUUAGUUAUGCAACAAAAACAUUAGAUUCUCUGAAAGUCAUUUUCCUGAAAGAACUUUGCCUAUUACUGAGUACACAAGUUACAUUUGAUGAAAUUAUGAAUAAGGAUUUCUUUUCAAUUGGUGGAACUUCUUUUCUUGCAAUAUCACUGUGCAACAAGAUAUCAGUCACAUAUCCUGACUUUGGAAAGUUUAUUCUACCAUACCUUAUGUCACAAAGGAAUACUAUUGAUGAGAUCAUGCAAAUAGCACACAGAGAGCUUUGUGUAGAAGGAGCCAAAGCUAAAAACAGAAUGAAAAGAACUAUAUCAAAUACAGAAAGCAAUUCAGACUCUCAAAUAAUAAAAAAAGUUAACAGUUAUGAAAGAACCAAUCCUGUUGAAUUUAUUGUGCUUUGGACAUAUGACACUGGAAAAUGUGUGGAUGCUUCGCCAGUAUUAUUUCAAACAGGAUUCAAUCUGUAUGUAAUUGUGGGCAGCCACUCAGGCAAAAUUGUAGUUGCGGAUGCAAUUUCCGGCGAAUUGCAAGGAAUCAUAAGAGUUAAAGCACGUGUCGAGGCAUCAGUUUUGUGUUACAAUGAAGACUUGUCGACAGCCUGCGGUGUGGUUGGUGCUUAUGACGGCACUAUUGUAUGCUUCACUAUUGAAACUUGUAAAGAGAUAUGGAGGAUCAAUAUCAAUUCAAUGAUAAAGAGUAAAGGAGCAUGCUGUAAUGGUUUGCUCUAUAUAGCAUCAUACGAUGGAAAAGUUCGAUGUAUCGACAUAUUGGUAAGAAGGUUAAAUAUAUUUUUUAAUCCUGUUCCCAGACAAUAUCUCACUCUUGGUGUCGCCCUGACUCGUUUCUCGAUUCUGUCGAGGUCGUCAUGUUACGAGGGUAGACAUAGAAUUACCUACAUUUCACUGCUAAUAUAUUAACAUUUGGAAUCGAAAAAUUUGGCAGUUAAUUAUAAUAAUAACCUGGUUUAUCUUGUAAAUCUGGUUACUAAUGUGUUGAGAGUCUGUACUAUUAGGUAACUACAUCCAAAUAAGGUGUGAACUAGAGAUAAAACGGAUAUCCGGUUACUAACCGGUA